AUGACUAACUUUACUCACCUCAUCACACUUUUUGCUACUUUCGCCAUUUCCUAUGGAGCUGACGAUGUUUGCCAUGUUGAUCAACUUCUGAUGCUUCCGGCUCCCGAAGACGUUUAUCACAAACAGUCUGCAAAAGAAGUCUUCCUGAAUGCCACUAUUCUUCCAUCUAUCUUCGUGAAUGCUCCAGAUCCAGUCUUCUUCAAAAACAUCACUAUUCCAUCUGUUUUGGAUACUCCAAAACUUUUGAAAACUAUCGAAUACAACGAGGAGGACUUCUCGGAAAACGUGGACGAUUCUCAAGAUUCUGAUGACGUCAUUCAUAUGAGAUGCAUGAAAACUGCUGGAUUCGUUGCUCAGUGCAUUAUUUUCUUGUUUGUGUUCACAAUCGUUACAAUGGACGUCGAGCACUUCGAAUACCCAGAAGAUGCACAAAUUUUCGUGGUCCACAAGCUGCACAAAGCUCAAGAAAUCCAAACCUGUCCACUGCCAACUAUCCAAAAUGUUCAAAUCAUCAAACGUGAACUCGAAUCGGAAUGUUAG